CGAUCGAUGUCGAGUUUCGAGGAUGGUUUCCCGGCUGAAAAGCUCUUCGCUCAGGGAUACUCCUACACUUACGACGACGUCAUAUUUCUCCCUCACUACAUCGAUUUCUCGACGGACGCCGUCUCUCUAUCCACGCGCCUUAGCCGGCGCGUGCCGCUCUCGAUACCUUGCGUUUCGUCUCCGAUGGACACUGUGUCGGAAUCUCACAUGGCUGCCGCAAUGGCCGCGGUCGGCGGGAUCGGAAUCGUGCACUAUAACUGUGACAUCGCCGCUCAGGCAUCGAUUAUCCGCCAAGCCAAGUCGCUCCGACAUCCGAUUGCUUCCGCCGCCGGUGUGAAAUUGCCGGAGUAUGAGAUUAGUUCGUUGGAUGCUUUUGGUCCUUCUUCCUUCGUUUUUGUCACGCAAACAGGAACAAUGACGACUCCGAAGUUGCUGGGCUAUGUCACGAAAUCGCAGUGGACGAGAAUGAAUUACGAACAAAGGGAGAUGAAGAUAUACGAUUACAUGAAGAGCUGUGAUAGCAGCGACUAUCGUGCACCAUGGGACAUUGAUAUCGAGAAGAUCGAAGCUCUGUUAGAAGAUAAGCAGAAGGGCUUUGUGGUUCUCGAAAGGGAUGGUGAGACUGUGAACGUGGUGACGAAGGACGAUAUAGAGAGGGUUAAAGGGUAUCCCAAGUCAGGGCCAGGGACCGUUGGUCCAGACGGUGAGUGGAUGGUUGGUGCAGCGAUAGGGACGAGGGAAUCUGACAAGGGGAGGCUGGAGCAUCUGGUCAGUGCCGGUGUCAACGCCGUGGUGCUGGAUAGCUCUCAAGGGAACUCUAUUUACCAGCUUGAGAUGAUCAAGUAUGUGAAGAAGACUUACCCUGAACUGGAUGUGAUUGGUGGAAACGUUGUGACGACUUACCAGGCGCAGAACUUGAUUCAAGCAGGAGUUGAUGGGCUAAGAGUCGGUAUGGGAUCUGGUUCGAUAUGUACCACACAGGAGGUUUGUGCGGUCGGCCGUGGACAGGCUACUGCUGUGUACAAGGUUUGUUCAGUCGCUGCGCAGAGCGGGAUUCCGGUGAUAGCGGACGGUGGUAUCUCAAACUCAGGUCACAUUGUCAAAGCUCUAGUCCUGGGAGCAUCAACUGUUAUGAUGGGAAGCUUCUUAGCCGGAAGCACUGAGGCUCCAGGGUCUUACGAGUAUAAGAAUGGUAAGAGGAUCAAGAAGUACCGUGGAAUGGGAUCGCUAGAGGCAAUGACUAAAGGAAGUGACCAGAGAUACUUGGGAGACACUGCAAAACUCAAGAUUGCUCAAGGAGUGGUUGGAGCAGUCGCGGAUAAAGGCUCUGCACGAACCGGUGCAGCACAGAUCGAAGGAGGAGUUCACGGGCUGGUUUCUUAUGAGAAGAAAUCGUUUUAA